CACAAACAGAAAUAGAGAAUCUAAUUACCCUUUUCUCUUUCCUACUCAUAAGCUCCACAUCAUGCCAAAUAACAUUCACAUGUCUUUGUUUCUUCUGAAAAAGAUAAAAAUUAUUCACAACUUUUCUUGCUUCAUCUUCAUGUUGGUUCUCCACUAACACCCUUAGCUACCUGCCCCCUCUCAUCUUCAUUCGUUCUUACUAAUCUGCUAAGUUUAUUUUUUAUUAUUUAUCUUUUUUCUCUGAAAGCAAAGUUAUAAGCUGCUGGUGCUGGUUCUGUAAAUUGUCAACCAAAUUUCUCCAAAUUUUGGUGCCAUGAAUCCCAUAACACUCUUGGUUAUUCUUCUACCUUUGUUUGCGCAGUUCUUGGGAGUUGAGCCUUCAAGGCCCAAGCUUCCAGGAAAAUCAAGAUCAUCAGUGAAGUCACUAACCUCCCAAAUCAGUGUUAUGGGUUUUGUUUAUUGUGAUAUAUGUUCUAACAACACCUUUUCCAGACACAGCUACUUCUUGUCAGGUGCUGAGGUGAAAAUAGAUUGCAUGUUCAAAGCAGUGUCAUCAAAGACAGAGGAACAGGUUUCAGUCUCAGCAAACAGAACAACAAACAAGUAUGGUCUUUAUAGGUUGGAAAUCCCUUCAGUUGAAGGUGUGAAAUGUGCACAAGACUCUGAAGUUUUUGUGUCUAAUUGCAAGGCAACUUUGAUUGGAAGCUCAACCUCUUCAUGCAAUGUUCCUGGUUACAGAACCACUUCUGAUCAGAUUUCAAUCAAAGCUAAGAGAUCCAAUCUCUGCAUAUAUAGCCUCAAUGCUUUGAAUUUCAGACCUUCCAAGAGGGACAUCAAUUUGUGUGGUCAUUAAUUAAUUAAUAUAUUAUAUAGUAUGCUCCAAGAUUUGGUGUUACACAAGUAGAAAAGCCUAGUAAUAUAUUUGACUACUUGUGUAAUGCAAUUUCCAAGAAACUAAAGUUUCAUCAUGUGUUCUUUAUUUCUUCUUCUUUUUUUUUUCUUCUCUCCCUCUCUCUCUUUUGAUUGUUUUAAUGCAUUUUAUUUGUUUGGUUAUGAAGCAAUUUACACUAUUUUCUUAUAAUAAUGUUGUGCUUAAAGCAUAUCAUGCAUGAAGAUUUACUUGUAGACAAUAGUUUGAAAGGAGAAGGGUAACCUGUUAAAUUUAGACAUAUAUAUAAAACUUGAAUUUAACUUUAAUGUACUAUUUGUAUAAAAUAAUAUUAUACAUAUAUCUAAUUAUAUAAGUUAUAAUGUUA